AUGAUCGCAAUCGGUGGUCUUGCACGAUUCAGCAGCUGGCGACGACCAUUCGCCAUAUGCUACGACCAGGCUCGCUCGUGCGCACAGAAAAAGAGCGCGAAAUACGUACGGCAGCGCAACACUAGAGAAUUAGUUCCUUCACCGCCACACCGUAUUUUACAUUACAUAUGCCUGGGUGUUUUGGAUUAUGCAGCUAUAGGCCCAGAAACAGAAAGAAACCUGCCUCGUAGUCGUAGGAUGUCUACUUACUACAGCUGCCAUCUUCCUAGCUCUUCACGGAAUCAAUUGUCUGUCAGGAGUGAUAAUCAUGAUCCGCAAGUGCCAUCACAUGCUCACCUGCCGAUUUUUGGCGUCGAUACGGGCUGGUAG